AUGGGCGACACUACUACGAAGAAGGCGGAGGACACCAAGCAGAGUGGUAAGCUCAUCCCGAUGCAACUUGGACAGAAUGAGAUCUCAGAAAGCAACCUCGCAGCAGGCGUCGUAGGAAAGUCAGGAGAAAUCGUCAAUGAGCAGGGCGAGACCGUAGGAAAGAUCACAGAGGGCGACCCAGGCGACCUUGUCGGAAAUGUCGUCACAGCAACGGGAGACAUAGUAGGAAAAGACGGCGGUAUCGUAGGCAAGGCUCUCCCGCUCGACAAUGCCUCCGCAGGCGGCUCCAAGAAGGGCAUUUUCGGCACCUUGAUGGGCGCAACAAAGGGUGUCAAGGGUGUCGUCGACACAGUCGAUGGCACCGUCCAGACGGUCGAGAAGGGCCUUCCUCUCGUCGGAAACCUCACAAAGGGUCUCGGUCUCGGCAACGGCGGCGGCGGCUUCGGCGGCCUCCUCGGGAAGAAGCAGGAAGAUCGCAGCGCCGAGGACAAGGCGGCGACCACUGAGCAGGCCAAGAAGGAGCUCUUCGACAACUCAGACAAGGCUGCCGAGGCGGCGCCGAUUGAUCUUAAGGAUCAGGAGGCUGUUGACAACGCAAAGACCGAGGUCGAGACCAAGAGCCAACCACCACAGAGCGAGGCCAGCGAGUCCAAGGACGAGGCUACCGAAGCCACCACUGAAGCCAGCACCGAUGACAACGAGACUGUCAAGCAGUCCGGCAAGGGCCUGACCGAUACCGUGUCUGGUGCUGUUGGUGGCGCCAAGGAUGCCGACACAACGUCUAAGGCCACUGAUACCGUAGAAGAUACGACGUCCAAGGCCAACGACACGACCGAGGACACCACCGCCAAGGCCACUGAUGCCGCUGAGGACACCACUUCUAAGGCCACCGACGCCGCUGAGGACACCACGUCCAAGGCUACCGACGCUGCUGAGGAUACCACAUCCAAGGCGGCUGAUGCCGCUGAGGACACCACUUCCAAGGCUACUGACGCUGCUGAAGACACCACGUCCAAGAAGACCGACGCUGUCGAAAAGACGGCAGACGAUGUCAAGGACACGGCAGAAGAGACCGCCGAAACUGCACAGACCACCGUCGAUGACACAACCAAGGACGUGCCCAAGGACACUGAUUCUGCCAAGGGCCUCGACGACACAGCGGACGACGCUCUCGACACUGCAGAGCAGACCACUUCCGACGCCAAGGACAGCGCCGACAAGACUGCGUCUGACGACAAGGUCGAGGAUACCAAGGCCGCUGCCGAAGGCGUCAAGGACUCCGCGGAGGAGACUGCCGAGGAUGCCAAGGACGCCGCCUCCGAGGCCCCCAAGGGUCUCAGCGAGCAGGCCCAGAGCCAGCUCGACGAGAUGGAGACGGUCGCCGAUGUCCAGGUGGAGAACCCCUUCCAAAAGUUCGAGGGUGCUCAGCUUGACGACGAAGGCAAGGUUAUCUUCGACAACCAGUCCAUCGGCAAGGUCGUUGAAGGCGAUCCGCUCGAGCUCGCCAACAAGGAGAUAGCUCCCGAUGGGGCCAUUCUCAACGAUGACGGCAGCGAAAUCGGUCGCGUUGAGCUCAAGUCGGAAAUUGCUGAGGAUCUGCAAAAGCAGGCCGAGGCACUGGCUGCCCUUAAGGGCGCCAAGGUCAACAAGGCCGGUAAUCUGGUCAAAGAUGAUGCCGUCAUUGGCCGUAUCGUCGAGGGCACCCUCAAAAACUUGAUCGGCCGCAAGGCUGAUGCUGAAGGACGUAUCUGGAACGACUCGGGUGAGCAGAUUGGCCUCGCCGAGCCUCUGGCCGACAAGGAACGUGAGGAGUUCAAGGAACCUUCGCCCUUUGAGGACUUCCCUGAUGCUGUUGUUCAGUCCAACGGUGACGUCACCUUUGAGGGAGAGAAGAUUGGUGUACUGGUCGAGGGCGACGCUAAGAAAUUGAAGGGGAAGAAAAUCGACGAGGACGGCGAGGUACAAGACAGGCAGGGGAACGUACUCGGACGCGCUGAGCGUUGGGAGCCUGAAGAGGAGGAGGCUGCUCCGGAGGUCGACAACUCUCUACUUGCUGAGAAGCGUGUCAACAAGGCCGGCCUGGUCGUUGAUUCUCACGGCACCGCUUUUGGACGCGUCGUCGAAGGAGACGUCGCCAAAUUGAUCAACCGAAUGUGCAAUAAGAAGGGCGAGGUUCUUUCCGAAUCGGGUGAGGUUAUCGGACGAGCUGAGCUGAUUCCGGAACACGAACGCCACGAGAAGAAGGACCAGCCCUUCGAGAACUUCCCCGACGCCGUGGUCCAGGCCAACGGUGACGUGACCAACAACGGCGAGAUUGUUGGACGCCUGAUUGAGGGCGACGCGAAGAAGCUUCAAAACAGCAAGGUCGACGCUGACGGUGAUGUUGUCCGCGACGGAAAUGUCAUUGGAAAGGCCGAGCGUUACACGCCGGAGGAGCCGGAGGCCGAGCCUGAACAGGACAAGAGUAUUUUGGGCGGCAAGCGUGUCAACAAAGCCGGGUUUCGUCGUGGAUUCAAAUGGCGUGCCUUACGGGACGCGGUGAUUGAAAGGAGGACAUUUUCAAGGAUUGGGUCACCCGAAAUGGUGCGGACAAAGCAGGGGUUAACGUUACUUGUUCUGGAAAGUGGAAGACAAAGUUGGGAAGUGGCAGGAGGUUGCUCCCGGAGGGUAAAUUCUUUUUUUCUAUCCUGA